UCUUGUUGCCGAACCGAGGGUUAGAUCGUAUCGUCUCGGGAGGAAAGCCCGUACCCGGACGAUUUGUAACGCCGUAGUUGUGGCCUUGCUGAGAGGCGAGGAAUUCCCUUUCGCCUUUCUUCUUCCCUGGGAUGCCGCUCAGUCAACUCAAUCUCCCUUCCUCUUCUUCAUCCUCUUCUUCAAUUUCAUUGAUUCCGGGUUCCGGCUAUACGCGGAUGACGGCUACAUGCAACGGCAACAAGAUGCACAUGCUAUCACCAAUGAGAGUUGUGAAAGCAGAUUGUACAUUGGUAAUCUUGAUCAGCGAAUAUCAGAAUCCCAAGUUAUUAAAAUGUUUUCCUCUUAUGGUAAGAUAGUUUCUGAGGACUUUCUGUGGCACAGACAUGGGCCGAAACGUGGUGAGCCACGUGGAUUCGCUUUCAUCCAGUUCAGUACUAGAGAGGAAGCUCAAUUGGCCAUGGAGAAGAUGGAUGGAAGACUGGCUUGUGGUCGCCCAUUAGUUGUUCGUUUUGCUGGUGAAAAAACCACAGCUGAUGCAUCAAAAUCAUCUAAAGGUGCUGAUGACCUGAAGAAGUCUGGUACUUUUGGUUGCUUUACUUCACAUAUGAGCCGGUCAUCAAAAAUAGCAGCGAUAAAGAACAAGCUGAAAUCUAUGGAAGAAGAGAACUGCAGUUCCGUGAAGAAACCAAGGCAAGCUGGCACAUCAAUAGGUGCCAGGAGAUGAGAAACUACCUCAAAGGUCGCAAGAGUUUUUGUAGUGUAACCCGCCUACAGCACUCUUUUUCAUUGAUGUAGUGCUGCUGUAACUUCUGUGAUUAAUGAUCCAGGUUUGCACCUGCCAAGGGCCCAAGGUAGCACACCCAUUUAUGUAACAGUGACAGAUUAUAUUUACAUGGGAUUAUCUUGUCAGAAUUUCAAUUGUA